AUGGCGUCCCAGGAAGUCACAGCUGCUCUGGCGUCCAUCGAAUCGUCCUCCAGUCAACAAAAUAAGCCACAGCUCUACAAUGAGCUUCUUUCGAAGAUAGUCUCGACCUCAUCCGGAGAUGAGCUUGCACAAAACCUGAUUUGCUACCUUGACUCGAUUCUCAGUGAAAACGUCAGUAUCGUCGUCGCCCGUCCCCUCCUCGAUUCCUUCGUCAACGUCCUGCGCGACCUCCCUGCCGAGAUCAAAAUCAAAGUCGGUCAGCAUGCCGUCACAUUACUUCAGUCGCGUUCUGCAUCAGUCGAAGAACAAGACUCCAAUAUUCGAGAAAUUCUUGCAGAUGCAUAUGAGUCGCAGGAGGAGUACAUCGCCGCGGCACGGACGCUACAGGGUAUUCAUCUCGACAGCUCCCAGCGGCUUAUUUCAGAUGAAGCCAAGAUACGGAUGUGGAUUCGGAUAGUGAGGCUCUAUCUGGAAGAGGAUGAUACGACAAGUGCAGAGUCUUUUCUGAACCGGAUUAAGAACCUGCCUAGCAAGAUUGAAGAUCCGGAACUCAAGUUGCAUUUCCAGCUCUCGCAGGCUCGCAUCCUCGAUGCCCGCCGCCGCUUCUUGGACGCCAGCCAGGAAUAUUUCAAUGUCAGUCUUGCCGUUGGGGUCGAUGAGAAUGACCGACUACAAGCCCUCUCCGCCGCGAUUAUUUGCGCUGUGUUGGCGCCUGCCGGGCCGCAGCGGUCACGUACCCUGGCGCGCUUAUACAAGGAUGAUCGAGCGACAUCCGUGGACGAGUUUGGAAUUCUGGAGAAGAUGUACCUGGAUCGGCUCUUGACGCCAGAAGAAGUUGCCGCCUUCUCCAAGAAGCUGGCUCCCCACCAGCUCGCGAAGACGGCGGAUGGAUCGACUGUGCUAGACAAGGCCGUGAUCGAACAUAAUCUCGUCGCUGCCAGCAAGCUGUACGAGAACAUCAAGACGGACUCUCUGGCUGCCAUUCUGGGUCUUCAGGACAGUGGCGACUUGACCGCGGCUGAGAAGGCAGAGGCCUAUGCGGCGCACAUGGUGGAGCAGGGCCGACUGAAGGGUAGCAUCGACCAGAUUGAGGGUGUGAUCUAUUUUGACUCUGGGAUCUCAGGGGUGGGAAGUACGGGGACAACGGGGAGGAAUCUGCGACUGUGGGAUGCGGGCGUGCAGGGAGUGGCCGAAGAUGUGGAGAGAGUGGCAGCGAGCGUAGCUGAUGCCUUUCCCGAAUUUGCCGCUUCGCAAAUGGUGCAUUGA